AUGCCUUCUGAAAUCAAACGACAUCUCAAUUUACCAUCGGUCUUCAACAUCAGUCUCCACUUCCACCACCGCUCGACCCCUUCGACCAAUGCACCGCCUCCAAUCAUGGCUUCUGAAAUAAAACGAAAUCCCUUCAUUCAUGAUGUCUUCAAUGGCAAUGUCCUCCUUCACCGCCCUUCGCGACUACAUUCCAAGCGACCUCUGUUGGACAUAUUCGUCGUUUACAACCGUCAUUUGCUAUUGUCGUCUGUCGGCUACACAUGUUCUCUCUAUAGGUCCAGUUCUCUUCUAUGGUUAGACAAGAUGGAUUUGGGGAUUUGGGUAUUAGAACUAGGGUUUGGGAUGAGGAGGUAUCUCCUCGUUGAUUUGAUUUGA